UGUACUCUCUCCCUCUCCCUCCCAAAGUCUCAACAAUGGAGGAACUCCCACCGUCUCUGCUCAUCGACAUCCUGAGCCGACUCCCCGACUCCGCCGACCUGGUUCGCUGCCGGCUCGUCUCGAAAACCCUAAACGCAUCGUCGUACGAGGUCCGGGCCCUGAGCCACCUCUGCACGCCGUCUCGCUACCACAAGUACCGCUCCCGAAACGACAAUCACUUGGCUAGAACGACGCCCUUCAAGUCCGCGUUCAAGAACCUGGUCCUCAAUUCCAGAGGACUCGAGACGAUCUCCAUCGGCGUAGAGAAGUCCCUGGGGAGAAAAUCGUACGACGAGGUUGAAGACGACGGCGACGACCUCUACCUGACCGACGUCCGGUUUUUGGAGGAGUGGCUUCCGGUGAUCGGCGGAGGGCUGAAGUCUCUUUCGAUCUCCGAUUUUUGGAGUCAGUCCAGUUGGCGACGAUCCGACGCUUUGGCUUUCAUUUCUUCGUAUUGCUAUAGUCUUCUUGAACUAGAGGUGAAAAAUGCAUGGCUGUCAGUGGAUGGCUUGAAACUCAUGCCCAAGCUCACAACUUUGACCCUGGAAUAUAUAAGGCUUGACGACGAGGACCUAAACAAAGUUUGCGAUUGUUUUCCGGGUCUGCAAGUUCUUAACUUGAUUGGCGUUGGAGGACUUAAAGAACCAAAGAUUGACUUUAUGCACCUGAAGAUUUGUCACUGGAUAGUCUCAAAUGCGCCUACUUCUUUAACAAUAUUGGCUCCAAACCUCGUUGAACUGAAACUGGAAUGUGUCAGACCAAGAUCUCUUGUCCUCGAAACUCCAUCUUUGUCUGUUCUCCAUCUAACCGUCGAGAAAGCAGAUAAGUUUAAAAUGAAAGAUAUUCCUUCUUUGAUAAGCCUCCAGGUUGCAGCUUGGGAUCUUUGUUGCCUGUUGAGGAUGUUUAGAUCAAGUAGAGCUGUUAAAAUGCUUCGGGUGGAUAUACCAAAACGUAAUGAACUGGUUACUCCAAUGUUAAGACUCGACACGUUGUUGGAUUACUUCCCUAAUGUGAGUUCGCUCAAAUUGGGUGCUGGAGCGUGGUUGGCAGCAUUGUGUACGGAAAAGAAUGCUUUUCUUUCCGUUGAACGGUUUGAAGGCAGAGUGAAGAUGAAUGGCUUGAAAGAGAUUACUGCUCAUGUGGUGUUUGAUGAAGUCGAAACUAGUCUUUCGUUCGUAUCUUGUAUUUUGGAUAGAUUCGCCGAUUUGUCAGGCAUGGCAUUGCUUAUUCACAGUGAAGUUGAUUCUAGUCUUGCUAGCCAAUUCAUGUGGAAAUGUAGAGCUAAUUGGCCAAGAGUUAGAUGGAGAUGGGGAAUUUGGGAAGAAGGAACACAGGACAUCUGGCUCUCUGAUGCCUAUUAGUUUGUCAACUGCAAUUUUAAUCUGUUCUAGCUCAGUUGGAGUUGGCUAUACUAAAUUGGAGCAAGGAUUUGGUUUUGCAGGCUUAAAUCGGUUAAGAACUUUGAGGAGCAAACAAUUUAUUGGACUUGUGAGAAUCGAGGAAAAAAAAAAAUGCCUGGAUGAGAUUGGAUUUGACGAAGAAGAAGAAUAUAUUAUUA